GUGGCAAAUAUGCACGAUACCAUAUACGACUCUCCCAGACUUAACCGCUAAGCUUCCCUAUUCAUUUCAACCGCUUCCUAUAAAAAACAACACAAUCACAAAACCGAAGCCACACACACAUACACAAAUUAAUUAAUAUUUAAUAUUAUGGUUGUAAUUGCUGAAGAUGGUGCUGAAUUUAACAAUCUACCUGAAGGUUGUAUAGCAAAUAUUCUGUCCUUUACAUCUCCUCGAGAUGUUGGAAGACUCUCUUUGGUUUCAUGGACUUUCAGAUCCGCCGCUGAAUCUGAUGCUGUUUGGGAUAAGUUUUUGCCAUCUGAUUAUCAUUCUAUUAUUUCUCAAUCUUCUACCGACAUACAUAAUUCCUUUUCUCUCCUUUCCAAGAAAGAUAUUUAUCUCAAUCUCCGUCACAAACCUCUCCUCAUAGAGGAUGGUAAAAAGAGCUUUCAACUGGAUAAAAUAAAUGGGAAGAAAUGGUACAUGUUAUCAGCGAGGAGUCUGUUUAUUGUAUGGGGAGACACUCCGAGGUAUUGGAGGUGGAUUUGUGUUCCAGAUGCGAGGUUUUCUGAGGUGGCUGAACUGGUUAGUGUGUGUUGGUUUGAAAUACGGGGGUGGAUCAACACUAGCAUACUAUCCCCAAAGACUUUGUACGGAGCAUACCUUGUAUUUAAGCCGAGUGGUGCUAAUGGAUCCUAUGGGUUUGAAUAUCAGCCAGUAGAAGCUUCCAUUGCAAUUGCUGGAUGUGAUACUACCCAGCGAAAUGUAUUCUUGGAUGCAGAAAGAGGACGAAGGCUAAGAUACCAGAUUGUUCCUCGCCGUGCUCGUAUCGGGUUAUUCAAUCGAACUCGUUCUGAGGAAGUGCCAGUAGUACCCACAGAAAAUGUUGAUGAUUUGCAGCACAAGUAUCCCAAGGAGAGAGAAGAUGGGUGGUUGGAGAUAGAAUUGGGAGAGUUCUUCAAUCAAGGAGGAGAUGAUAAGGAGGUGGAGAUUGGGGUUAACGAAGUCAAGGCUGGUGAUUGGAAGGGUGGCCUUCUUGUUCAAGGAAUCGAAAUAAGGCCUAAGUCUAAAUCAUGCUGAAUCAAUUACUUACUAUAAGAUUAUGUUUCUUGCAAUAUGCAGGCAUCUAUCUCUGUUCAGGAAUGUCACCCCAAUCAAAAGGAAUUGGGAGUGAUCUUGUUGUUUUUGUCUUAUUGCCUACCCAUGUUUAUUUUAUUUAAUAUUUUUCAAUAAUUUUGUGCAACAAUGAUUUCAAGUACUCAUUUCUUAUGUGAAAUCCUUAUCACCAGAUACAUAUGGUGCUAUUUUAAAGGUCUAAAA